AUGGUGAACUCAUUUGUAAUUACUGAGAAAGAUGUGCGAGAGGAAGAUUCACGGAGCGGGGUGAGAAAGAAGGUGUGUUCGUCACACAGUGAUUGUUCUGACUUCUCCAAAACCGCAGCAAAGCGGAUGGAUGAUAACCUUGUACUAAAUAUCAGCCAAUCACAAAGCCGUGAAAGAUGUGCGAAGGACGCAACUGCCCAAAGACUUCUCGGCUUAGGUACUAAAAUCCCAAAGCAUCUGGUUGCUCUCGAUGAGAACUAUCUCCGGCACUGCCUGGAAUUGGUUCACAGAAGUGCGUCAAAGGAUGCGACAUGCAACAUACUGGUGAAUUUGACCUCCUCGCCUAAUUUCCAGUGUUCGUUACCAGCAAUUGGAACUGGGAAUGUCGUCCGGAGGCAUGCUGGGCUGUGGAUUAUAGAUUCGAUACUGGGAAGCAAGACCAUCAUAGAAAAAGACAUAGAUCAGAGUCCUCAGUUUUGCCAUUUUGGUGCACUCACGACUGAUGCCAAAUACAUAAGAUCAAACCCACAUGAUGCUAAGGACUCAGCAAGUUGCGAUUUGACAGACUCUCCGAAUCAGCAGAGUGUCAGCUCGCCGAUAGAGAUGGAAAAUGAAGUGCCAUUUCAGGAAAUACCAAGCUCUGGUUGUGACUACAAAAACAGAAGACUUAUUUCGAUUGCAAGCAUGAGUUCAAGGAGCUCCGAUAGAUCUUCUUCUUCUCCUGGUGCUGCUUUUUCUCAGGGUAUGCUCCACUGCACAUGGAAGGUUGGUAUGCCGCAUUUCGUUCUGUCCAUAGAUGACCAGACAGAGAUACUCAUAGCUGAUCCCAUGAAGGUCGGAGCAUCGAGUCUUGUGGGUUCAGACUGGGUGUACUUGUUCUAUUCAAAAAGGCAGGCUUCAACAGAACACGUGAGCCAUGAUAACGAGCCACAUCCUAUAGGAAAGAUGGAGGUGGCCACGUCAACGUCUCUUUGCCAGGAGAAUCUCAAAAUCUUGCAGACCGAGUUUGUUCUGUUUGGUGGCUGGGAAACUUUUCCGGAAGAGGGGCAAGCUAUGGGUGUCAACCGCAGGAAGAAUAAGAAGUUGGCAAAGAAAGUGGCUAAUGUGUUCUGGCCCGGUCAUUCGUCUAAGCAGAGAAGUGUGUCUGGAAAAAGUGGGACUUUGGAUGAUUAUUCUCUGGAAUCGGGCCAAACUAUGCACAGAAACCUGGAUAUGCCAGGCGGACUUAGCAUUCCGGAGCAUCUUCUUCCGCCCAAUCUUGAAUUAGCUGCCAUUGUAGUGAAGAACCGUGUCAGGGACAUUCAGAAGGAAGAAACCGGAGGCUGGGGCUUGAAGUUCCUCAAAAAGAAUGGGGUAACUAGGAAAAUCAACCAUCCAGAUGCAUGCACUUCAGUGUGUGGUGAUAGAGAUUCUGGCGAUUGUGUCAUCAGUGUGGAAGUUGCAGUCCCUGCAGGACUUCACGGUGGACCAAGAACGCACCAUGGUGGCCCCUCUAGGCUCAUUGAAAGAUGGAAAUCUGGUGGACAGUGUGACUGCGGUGGAUGGGACCUGGGCUGUCCGCUCACACUACUCGAAGCAAGAUCAAGCGACGGACGUAUUCUAAAUACCGAUUGCGAUGAGCGGGACUGCAUGUCAUUCGAUCUCUAUAUGCAGGGUUCAGAGCAUUGUCUUCCUACAUUAAGGAUGACGGACGUCCGCGAUGGCCUUUAUCUUAUUCAUUUCAACUCAGCAUUAUCACCUCUGCAGUCUUUCUCGAUUGCUAUUGCGCGUAUAUAUUCUCAGAGUCGUGUUCUCCAAUCGAAACUGUACAGGAGUUGAACAAUAAUGCAGUAAUAGGAUUUUGGUGCUUUUUUCCGAAGUAUCGCGCUUUUUUUUUUCAAUUUACUUUGGUUAGAAGGAAAUUGGUAAUGAUUUAUACAACAUGUACGAUCUCUUCAACGAGUCUCUGAGGUGGUCAGUGUCUUCGUUUUAGAAUGCUUUCUUGUACGACAAUACAUGGCAUGGAUUGAGUCUAGAUUUCCAGGAUUUUUUAAAAUGUAAAAAUCUUGCAAUUUGCUUCCUUUUAGAUUGGAAUGUUGUAAUUAUUAAAUCAUCAAUGUCCACCUGAUGCGAUUAACUGGCA